AUGCCUUUCCUCCCAAGUGGGACAUUCCCACAAACACGGCCUGAAUCAUGGCCGCCGGCAACUGGCCGGAACACUCCAGUGCUGGACGACGACACAUUGACGGACGAUGACGAUCUGGACCUGCCUCUCUUACAGCAACAUCCCUUGAAAUACUUUCUCACACCGCCUACACCCGACGGCGACGAAGAGUUUGACUUUCAAUUUGACUUUGAUGCCGGUAUCGAAGAUGCAAACAAUCCGCAGGAGAUGGUCCGCAGUAUAAGCCCUUCUACACUAGAUGGCCUCAAGAAGUACAAGCCGCGUGGAAGGGGUAACGGCAACGACUGUGCCAUUCUUGACGAUGAUUCAGACGACGAAGAUGACUAUAUCCGCUUCAAGCCAAGCAAGUCAUUCCCGUUGGGAUUGCCUGACUUUGGGUUCGAUCGGCCCCAAUUAGCUGGUCCGACAGCACAGACGAAGAUUGGCAACAGCGAUGUUUCAUCUACGGCGUCCUUCCAUAUAGGAUCACCACGUGGUCGGCCCGAAAAGAAGUUCUCGCCACCUCGACGUACGUUCCGGGGCAGAUCUCGCAGCGUAAUACUUCAGCGGAGACACUCUUAUUGCGAGCCUAGCCCGAAUGUUUGGUCUAUCGAGGAGGAGCCCGAGAAAGAGACGCUGAGUGAGCGGGGCUUGAGUACUGAGGACCUGGAAGCGUACUUCCAGGAGCAGAAGACGCCACCCAUGGACAUUCCGGCGUCCAAGCCCAAGAAGAGGGUUCGAUUUCUGCUUCCGGGCAGGGACUCGUUUCAUUAG